AUGGCUAUCGCCGAUGAUAACGCGUUUGAGCUUCCCAAGCUUCGUUCCUCGUUCUCGCUAGAAAACGACACAGAGUUUCUCGAGAAUGACAACGUUGCUGAGUUCUUCGAUGUGAAGUUCUGUCCUUACCAGCCGCUUGAUGCACAACCAGUCUUUGCCGCUAUCAGCAAAAAGCAUGUGGUUAUCUGCACCCUAUCUCACACAGCUGACAACAACCCAUGCGAGGUCCUCUCGGUGAUCAGAGAUGAUGAUGAUGAGGCUUCCGCAUGCUGUUGUACUUGGACAAAAGAUCCCGUAACAGGCGCCCCCUAUCUAUGCAUAGGUGGAGUCGAUGCCAAAGUCAAGAUCUAUGAUGUUGUGAACGGGAAACUAUACAGGUGCCUGACCGGCCAUGGAGGUGAUGUCAAUGAUCUAGCAACUUCGCCCGCAGACCCGUCUAUUAUCGCCUCCGCUUCUGGUGACACGAGUAUUCGUGUCUGGAGUCUUGACCCAGUCCACGCAAACCGGCCCUGCUUGGUUAUCCUCGCCGGCGAAGGGCAUUCAUGGGAUCUUCUGAGCUUGGCUUUCCACGACACUGGCCGGUACAUUCUGUCUGCUGGACAUGACCAGAUUAUCAACCUGUGGACGCUCCCAGAUCUCCCCACCGAGGCCAUUACAACCCCUGUCCGUGUCCAUUACCCUCACUUUUCGACCUCAGCAGUCCACAGUGGUAUCAUUGAUUGCGUGGCCUUCUACGGUGACUAUAUCCUUUCCAGGGCAUGUCAUGACAAUGUUAUCUCACUUUGGAGAAUAGAGGGUUUUUCUUCUGCAAAUCCUCCCCCUCCCCAGAGCAUGGCGCCGACAGCUCAGACAACCGUUCCAACCAAUUACGAUGAGGCAAGCCGUCUCACACGGUCAGCGUUUGUUCCAACGAUGUCUCCCCAGUGCCCUUCUCAGUAUACCAUGCUACUGCAGUUCCAUACCCCUAACUGUGGCCCGCAGUUCUUCAUGCGUUUCAAGCUACAUUUUGUGCCGGACCAGCAUCCGGUUUUAGCAUUUUGCAAUGCUGGUGGGAACGUUUUCUUCUGGGAUUUUGAACGUUUGCUAGCGUAUCGAGAGUUCAUGGAAGUGCUGAAGGACCCCAACAGGGACAGGAGUAAACCAGUUCCCCAUCCAAGUUGGAUGCGGCUUGUGAAGGGUCGACCCCCCAAGACGGACUCUAAUAAAGGCCGGAGCGGAGGGGCCGACAAGGACAUCCCGAGCGCCUUUCGGGCAGACGCAAUCAGGCUGAGCGAAGAGAUUGGCGACUAUAACGCAGAGACCUUAGAGACGUGGGCGUCGAGGUACAGCCAAGAGGACCCCCAUGAGCCAUUGAAGGCACAUAAGACAGAGUCUUCAUCUGCCAACUUUGUGGGUCGACAGGCAGCUUGGAGUCCCGGAGGAGAGUGGUGUGUCGUGGUGGGAAGCUCGAAUCAGGCAUUGAUCCUCCAGCGCUGGGCUAACAAAGGGUCAACAUCAAGAGCAUCUGCCUCCGCGUCCGCUUCUGUAUCUGUAUCUGCCCCUCCGUCCGCUCCCACAUCUGCCCCUAUCCAAAACGGUACGAGUUAG